AUGAGGGCCCUCCUGGCGGCUGGCCGCCUGCUCGUCGGCUGGUCGUCCGCCCGAGUGGAGGCCUUGCCCGCGCGAGCCCUCCGAUACUUCAGGUGCCUGGAGCUCGGGCACGUGCGGCAGAAAUGCCCCCUCGAGGCGGACCGCGGGGACCGGUGCUACAGGUGCGCCGGUGCGGGCCACUGGGCACGAGAGUGCACGGCGCCCCUGCGCUGCCCGGUCUGUGCUGACCUGGGCAGGCCAGCCGACCACCGGCUCGGGGCCAAAAAAUGUGCCCCUCCACUGCCAAAGCAGGGGAGGAAGGUGCGCGUGACGACCCCGAGUUCGGGCGAAUCUACGCCGGUCAAUCGACCGGCGGCAGAUGUGCCGGCACUGGCGCCGGCUGAGGCGCUGCGGGCGAGAUCGCCCGCUGCGAUGGAGGGAGGAUCCGGCCCGGGGGAGGCCAUGGAUAUGGCCUAA